CUUCGUCACAUAAAGAAACAAGAUUAGUUGGAGGUUUUGUCACUGCAAUUGGUGCAAAUGGUAAUCCUUACGGAGGACCGGGACGGGGAUUGUAUUACAACAAAGAAGCAGGAGGGGCUGGUCAUGGUGGUUACGGGAAAGGAUAGAGAAAGUAUUCGUACAGCAAGCCAUACGGUCUCAAAGAUACCGACCACUAUUUGGGAGGAAGCACAGGAGCAUUUACAGGUUCAAAUGCGCCAGGGUUUGGAGGACAAGCAAUUGAACUGAAUGCUACUGGAAAGAUAGAGAUGAGAGGUUCCAUAGAAGCGAAUGCCAUAUCCAAUUCAGUUCUUUCAAGCAUUUCCAGCAACGAGAAAAUAGGAGGAAAUUCUGGUGGUUUAGUAAGACUAGUGGCUGAAACGGUCCAUAUUUCGCAUGGAGCAAGGAUAUAUGUCAAAGGCAGUAAGGGGAUUUGCAAUAAGAACAAGUGUGGUGGUGGAAGUGGAGGGAUAGUACAGAUCAUAUCCCCUUCGGGAUUCAUCGCCCCGAACGCCACUAUCUUAGGUGGCAUUGAAGGAGCAGAGAAUGGUUUCCUAUACAUUAAGGGUAUCAAGGAAGGCCAGUUUGAAAAAUUUCCUCAUAAUCCCUUUUCUUGGGGACAAAGGGCUCCAUCUGCAAGAACACUAAUUUCGUGUGCGCGUACAGGAAUUCCUACCGGUACAUUUUCGAGCCAUUCAUCUAUUCAAACAACUACAGCGAAAAGUACUAUUUCGACGGUGACAUUCCAUACCACAUCAAAGGUUUCCAGCUCAGGUAAAUUAAAUAAGACCACAAGAUAUGCACAAGACAUCUCAACGAUAACAUCACACCAAACCUCUCCAGCCCGCGUAGCAAGCGGUUCGUCGCUUCAGCCUCAACAUCCCACAGAGUCAAGCAUAAAUGUGCCGCCUUUUAAGAAAGAAACCGUUGAUGAUUUACAACAACUUCUUGAAAAAGUAAAGUCGUACAAGGAGAAUAAUGCCAACGUUCCCAAUCAGCUGGAAACCAUAACACAGUUUCUGGAAUCGUUCAGAACUUUAACGGUUGUCGGGAACUUAACAACGAACAUUAUAACAAUCAGCAUAUCCUUGAUUGGAGAGUUAAAUGAACUGAUGUUAUCCGAGAAGCUCAUUUCUAAUUUACUCAACACUAUUGAUGAACUUUUGGACUACAAACACACAGCAGUAUGGCGCAGCAGCGGAAUGUUCAUGGAUCUUGUGGAAGUUGUGGAAAAGACAGCUUCCUUAGCAAUGAAUUAUACGUCUGCCACCAACCAAAGCGUGAUGUUAAUCAAGAGAAACCUAGAAAUACAUUCAAUAAUGCAAUACGUCAAUCCAAACAGCAAUGUGACUAUUCCCAAUUCUAACAAACAACCUCGGUCAACACCUUUAAUAACUCUUCAAGCAAGCGGAUUACCCAUGGACAUCACUAAAGAAACAAAAGAAGGUCGCCUUGUUGUUAGCAUGGUAAUCUACAAAAAUCAAACAUCCCACUUCACAAACAGGACAACCUCCGCGAAAAUAGAUGGGUGAGGAAAAUCCACCAUUUUUGUUUACAUAUCCUUUCUCAUGGAUCACAUGUUCUGUUAGCA